CUUUUUGAAUGGUGUAAAAAAGCCAAUAAAAAAAAAAAAAAUGCAAAACAUUCUCGAAUAGCGUGCAAAGCCGCCGGCCAAGCCUUUAUAAAAAGCCUGAUAUUUAAAUGUUUUCCAUACGUCAUUGUUUAUUGUUUUCAUCAUCAUUAUUAAGAUUUUCUGCUCGUCACCCGACAAGAAAAAUUUUUAUCGGCAAAAUGUCAACAACAACAAACAAUUCAACAAUACAACAACGAUUCGAAAACAUAAUCAAACCAAAUGAAGAUAAACGAAAUUAUUUGGGUUUAAAACUGACCAAUAAUUUAAAAGUUAUAUUGAUUUCGGAUCCUGAAACAGAUAUAUCAGCUGCUGCAUUAAGUGUACAUGUUGGUUCAAUGUCUGAUCCAUGGCAAAUUCAAGGAUUGGCACAUUUUUUGGAACAUAUGCUUUUUAUGGGAACUAAAAAGUAUCCAAACGAAAAUGAAUAUAGUAAAUUUUUAUCACAACAUAGUGGAAAUUCAAAUGCUUAUACUGGUGAUAGUAUUACAAAUUUUUUUUUCGAUAUUGCACCUGAACAUCUUGCUUCUGGUUUAGAUCGAUUUGCACAAUUUUUUAUCGAACCAUUAAUGUUAGAAAGUUCAGUAAAUCGUGAAUUAGAAGCUGUUAAUAGUGAAUUUGAAAAAAAUAUUAAAGAUGAUAGUUGGCGUUUGUUGCAGAUAAAAAAAUUAUUAGGUUCAUCCAAACAUGAUUUUUAUAAAUUUAAUAUUGGUAAUUAUGAAACAUUAAGAGAUGGUCCAAAUUCUUUAAACAUUAAUAUUCGUGAAGAAUUGUUUAAAUUUUAUGAAAAAUGGUAUUCAGCAAACAUGAUGUGUCUUUGUGUCUAUGGAAAAGAAUCACUGCAAGAAUUGACUGAAAUGGUUACAUCAUUAUUUUCAUUAAUUUCAAAUAAAAAUAUUGAACCACCAAAUUGGCCAAUUCAUCCAUAUUCAUCGGAUAAUCUAAUGAAACAAGUACAUAUUGUACCGAUCAAAGAUAAACGUACAUUAGAAUUAGUGUUUACAUAUCCGGAUGAAAUUAAACAUUAUAAAUCAUCACCCGGAAUGUAUCUAUCACAUUUGAUUGGUCAUGAAAGUAAAGGUAGUCUACUUUCAGAAUUAAAACGAUUAGGUUUAUCAUCCGCUUUAUUAAGCUAUUAUGAUUGUAUGGAAGGUUUUGGUUUUUUUCAUAUUAAUGUUGAUCUUACCGAAAUGGCUAUGAAUCAAAUUGAUCAAGUAAUUAUAUUGAUUUUUCAAUAUAUUCAAAUGCUUAAAUCGAAUGGACCAAAAUUAUAUAUAUUUGAAGAGAAUAAAGGAUUAAAUUUUAUUAAAUUUAAUUUUAUGGAAAAAUGUAAUCCAAUUGAUUAUGUACAGAAAAUAUCAUCCGAAAUGCAUUAUUAUCCAAUUGAAGAUGUACUUUGUGCAAAUUAUCUGAUUGAUCAAUUUAAACCAGAAUUAAUUAAUGAACAUAUUGAUUAUUUAAAACCAGAAAAUUGUAUUAUUGCAAUAUCAUCGAAAAGUUUUGAAGGAAAAACUGAUUCCAAGGAAAAAUAUUAUGGUACUGAUUAUAAAAUUAUUAAUAUAUCAAAUGAUUUGAUUGAAAAAUUAAAAAAUCCUGGCCAUAAUGAACAGCUAAUGUUUCCUGAACCGAAUGAAUUUAUACCUACAAAUUUUGAUAUUAUUACCUGUAAUAAUAGCAAAGAUGAUGAUAUAAAAAAACCAAAAUUAUUAAAAAAUACUGAACAUUAUCGGGUUUGGCAUCUACAUGAUCAAAUUUAUCUUAAACCAAAAGUAUUUUUAGGUUUUAAACUAAUCAAUCCGAUUAUAUAUUCAAAUCCAUAUAAUGUUAAUAUAAAUUCAUUGUUUACAAUGUUAUUCAAAGAUGAUUUGACUGAAUUUCUUUAUAAUGCUGAAUUGGCUGGUCUUUCAUUCAACAUACAAAGUACUGUUAUGGGUUUUGAUUUAGAAUUUUUUGGCUAUAAUCAUAAGAUGAAUAUUUUUAUUAAACAAAUAUUUGAAAAAUUAUUAAAUUUCAAACCAACCGAACAACGAUUUGAAAUAUUUAAGGAAAAAUAUUCAAGAAAUCUUAAAAAUUAUAAAACACAACCACUUUAUUAUUUAACAAGUUAUUAUUUAAAAUCUGUUACAAGUGAAUUAUUUUGGUCAUAUGAUAAUCUUAUUGAAGCAUUAGAUCGAAUGGAUAUUGAUUCGAUUCAACACUUGAUGAAAAUAUUUUUAACAAAUUUUUCAAUUGAAACAUUAUUUCAUGGAAAUAUUGAUGAAAAACAAGUAUUGGAUAUAAUGGAUUUUAUACAGAAAAAUGUUAUCGAACCUAAUCGUUCGAUACCAUUACAUAAAUAUCAUCAAUCAGUACCGAGAGAAAUCGUACUCGAACCCGGUUGUUCAUAUUCAUAUGAAGUUAUUAAUGAUAUACAAAAACCAAAAGCAAUCAAUAUUUAUUAUCAGGUUUCAUUUGAUGAUAUUGUUGAAACAUCAAAAUUAUUAUUGAUUGGACAAAUAUUAAGUGAACCUUGUUUUGAUUAUCUUCGAACUAAAGAACAAUUGGGUUAUGUUGUUUAUACAAAACUUAGAGAAUUUAGUGGUGUUUAUGGAUUGAAUUUUGUUAUACAAUCGGAUUAUAAUGUUUCGUAUCUUGAAGAUCGAAUCGAAGCAUUUAUUGUUUGGGCAAAAAAAAAUUUCAUCGAAAUGAAUGAAGAUGAAUUCAAUGCAGAGAAACAAUCAUUGAUUACGCGGUUGUUGAAGAAAAAGAAACGUUUACAUGAUUAUUCAAUGGAAUUAUGGGGUGAAAUUUCAAAAGAACGUUAUCAUUUUAAUAAAAAUGAAGAUUGUGCUGAAAUUGUUAAAGGAUUACAGCUUAAAGAUGUUACUGAAUUUUUUAUUAAACAUUUCACUAUUGAAUCACCUGAUCGAAAAAAGAUUAUGAUCAAAAUUGUUAAAACAGAUUUGGAAGCAAAUAAAACAUUACCACCAUCGGCAAAUGAUUCGGAUCUAUUGCCUGCACCACCGAAAAAGGAAUCAAUAUUGAUUGAAAAUGUAGAAGAAUUUACUAAAUAUAAAUCACUUUAUCCAUUGCCGAAACCGAAAACAACAACAACAAUUUUAAAAAAAGAAUAACAACAUUUUCUCAAAAUAAACAAACAAACAAAAUAGCAUGAUUUUUUUAAUUUC